GUAAGUGCGUCAUCACUGCGGGCCCCGGAUUCAGCGAGUGUUCACGGAACAAGUUGUUCUCUGGCUCUACCUGCGAGCUGAUUUGGCUUCUUUUCAGUGAAAACUAACUUUAGAAGCCAACAGCAGCGGUUUGGAUGCUUCUGUGAAGUGCUGUUUGUCUCUGAGGUCCAGCUGUGAGGUUCGUUGCCAUGGCGUCUCCAGGGGGACAGGGAGGAGCAGGAGCUUUGUCCACAAGAGGAGGCAGCGGGGUCCGAAGGAUGAAGUGGGCUCUGGAGCUGAGCUUGGGAAACACAAGGAGUCGCGAUCGGCAGGGCGGUCAGGGAGACGUCGUCUAUCCCAUUGGUUACUCGGAGAAACCGGUUCCCGACACCAGCAUCCAGGAGACGGACAAGAACCUGGUGGAGAAACGCUGCUGGGACGUGGCCCUUGGGCCCCUAAAACAGAUCCCCAUGAACCUGUUCAUCAUGUAUAUGUCAGGCAACACCAUCUCCAUCUUCCCCAUCAUGAUGGUCUGCAUGAUGGCCUGGAGGCCCAUCCAGGCUCUUAUGUCCAUGUCAGCCACCUUCAAGCUGUUAGAGAGCUCCAGUCAGCAGUGGCUGCAGGGACUCGUCUACCUGAUCGGGAACCUUCUGGGAGCAGCGUUGGCCAUCUACAAGUGUCAGUCGAUGGGGCUACUUCCAACACACUCGUCUGAUUGGCUGGCGUUCAUAGAACCACCUCAGAGGAUGGAGAUCAUGGGCGGAGGGAUGGUGCUGUGAAGUGAAGGUACCGUGUACAAACUGGAUGCAAACCUCCUCAGAAGGUCUAUACUGUACAUUCUACGUGCCACGCCACCGGGCUUCCCAUCACAGCUGAGAUGAAACAAAAGUCUGUCGUUUCAUUCUUUUUUUUUUGUUUGUUUGUUUGUUUUUUACUCACCACAUCUGGAACUGAUUAUAGCCGUUCAAGUUGUUCAUGAAAACAGCACAUCUUGAAGUCAGGGUUUCAUUCAGCAGUAAAGACGAUCUACAUUAUUGGCUUGUUUUUGCAGAAAUGUUAGUUUAUUCUGCUACUCUGAUUGCCAUAACGACAACGUUUUUUAAUACUCUUCAUAAAAACAGUAAAACCAGCAGAUUUUAAAUCUAUACUACUUCAAACUCCGGUCCAGAUGAAACUGACUUCACCGUAGAUUAUUUAUGAGGUGAUUUUAUGCCUUCCACUUCAGAAUUAGACUAGACCAUAACAUGACUAAACAAAUAUUUUAGUCUAUAAAAUUACUAAAAUUUAAGUCAGAAUGUGUGAAAUGUUUAUCAAGCUUUCAGUUCAACUACAGCAGAAUUUUAAAAUAUAUAUAAAUAUAUAUAAAUUUUGUUGUUUCUCAGUUUGUAGUGAACUGCUUCCUUUGGACUUGAUUUCAGCAUGUCAGCCAGCAACAUUUACUCAGAUUUAAUUUAUGUCUGGUUAAUUUAUGCUGAUUUGUUGUAUGUAAAUCUUCUAUGAAAUAAAUUCUUAUUGCGUGAA